AUGACUCAACUCAAGGAAACUCUGAACGGGAACGACUCGUCGCUGAACCUGCUCAACUCGGCCGAAACAAACGGCCUGGGGACCAUCUCAUCCGAUAUCAACCCACCCCCACCAUCAACAACAAAGCCGCAAACAAACUCUUCAACAACAACAACAACUUCAGAUCGACAGCAACAGAAUCGGAAUCAGUCCUCGAAUGAUAGCAAUCAGAAUCAGUCUAUCUGGCAACAAUCCUCCCAUCCAGUCGCACUCUUCUUCUUGUUCUUAUUCAGAUCUUUAGCUAUUGCCACUUAUUUACUAUGUGGAUUUUUCUCAGAUUCGUAUGUAUUUUCAACAGUGAUCGUGGUGAUCCUACUCUCGAUAGAUUUCUGGACGGUCCGGAAUAUCUCGGGCCGAGUGUUGGUCGGCUUACGGUUCUGGAACCAGGUCGAUGAGGAUGGCAGCUCGUAUUGGGUCUUCGAAUCUAGAGACCCUUCUCAAGCUGCAAAUCCAGUCGAUUCAAAGAUGUUUUGGAUGGCAUUGUACACGUUCCCGGUAGUCUGGAUCCUGCUUCUGUUUAUCGGGAUCAUCAAAUUCAACCUAUCCUUCCUGCCGAUCGUCAUCCUAGCCCUAGUGUUUAACCUGACCAACACCAUUGGCUUUACCUAUGCAGAUCGCGACUCGAAGAGGAAAUGGGCUAACGAACUCGGCUCCAGCGGGAUCAAUGGGCUCCUCGGUCAAUUCGGCGGUGGUCUGUUGGGCGGCUUGACAAAAGUCGGGAUCGGAAAAUUCUUCGGAUAAUUUCUACUCCCUUCAUCCAUCUUCUUUGUUUUCCAAGCCCCCCCCCUUUUUUUCCUUGAACUCGACCUAAUUAUCAAUUGUCUAUAAAAACAAAAACAACAAAAAGUACAGCAAGCUCCAAUUCCUCUCCUCA